CGGAACCAACUGCCGCAGCUUCCGCUCUCAACGCGUCACACAUGUAGCACAACAUGGCCCCUGCCAGCCGGGCUGUUGUGGUAGCAGCGCUCUCUCUGCUCUACCUGAGCCGAGAAAUCCUCUCCUCUGAAUAUUUCUCCACUCUCACCCUGUUCAACAAUGAGCUCCACAAGCAGGGAUGCAGCUCGCUGUCCGAGUGGGAAGAGUACGCGGCUGACUGCGAGUCCUCUAUUUUACAGUUGGAAGACCCAGACUGUGAGGAGGGAAGCAACCCGCCCUGCGAGUCAGUCUUCUCCCUUAACGCAGAGAAGAUCCUGAAUCAAGCCAAGUUGUUUAUAGAACAGAAAAAAAUCCCCUUCCCCGUAGAUAACCACAACACAAACGAAGAACUUGCGAUAGGCUACGUUCUGAUAGGCAACGGUCUUUAUGAUGAAGCCAUCAAACACUUCUCACUCUUAUUACAGGGUGACCCCGAGUUGGUCAGUGCCAUCUAUGGGAGGGGGAUAGCUUACGGGAAGAAAAGCUUACAGGACAUAAAGAAUGCUGACCUGGCGUUGUUCGAGCUCAACAGAGUCAUCACCCUGGAGCCUAACUGGCCCGAGGUCUACGAGCAGCGAGCAGAGAUCCUGUCUCCUCUGGGUCGAAUCAGCGAGGCUCUGGGCGAUCUGACCAAAGCCAUCCAGCUGCAGCCCUCCGCCCGCCUCUACAGGCACAGAGGAACCCUGCUCUUCAUCUCAGAGGACUAUGUGGCAGCUAUGGAAGACUUCCAGCAGUCCUUAGAGCUGAAGAAGAAUCAGCCCAUCGCCAUGCUGUAUAAAGGCCUCACCUUCUUCCACAGAGGCAUGCUCAAGGAAGCCAUCGAGACAUUCAAAGAGGCGCUGAAGUUAAAGGCUGACUUCAUAGAUGCUUAUAAGAGCCUUGGACAGGCCUACAGAGAGCUGGGGGAUUUUGAGUCUGCGAUGGAGAGCUUCCAGAAAGCCCUGAUGUUGAACCAGAACCACAUCCAGUCUCUGCAGCUGCGAGGCAUGAUGCUGUACCACCACGGCUCGCUGCAGGAGGCCAUCGGGAACUUCAAGAGGUGUCUUCAGCUGGAGCCGUACAACGAGGUGUGUCAGUACAUGAAGGGGUUAAGUCACGUGGCGAUGGGUCAGUUCUACGAGGGCAUCAAAGCUCAGACUAAAGUCAUGCUGAACGACCCUCUGCUGGGACAGAAGGCCAGCUCUGAAUACCUCAAAGUCAAAUACCUCAGAGAGUACUCUCGCUACCUGCACUCCCACCUUGACAUCCCGGUAGCAGAGUACAACGUGGACCAGGACUUACCGGGAAACUUUAAGAACCACUGGGCCAAGAACCUGCCGUUUUUAAUAGAAGAUUAUGAAGAACAGCCCGGCCUGCAGCCACACAUCAAAGACGUGCUGCCUCAGAACUUCGAGAGCUACAGCAGUGAAGUCCAGAAGCUGAUCUGCACAGCCGACCACCUGGGGGCGCUCAUGCAAUACGACACUCCUGGUUUCUUACCUAACAGGAGAAUACACAGAGCCAUGGGUUUAGCCACUCUGGAGGUGAUGCAGGCCAUGCAUCGGACGUGGAGCAACUCCAAAGUCAGAGUCAACGGGAAAACCAGGCAAAUGCAGUGGAGAGACAUGUUCGACAUAGCUGUCAAAUGGAGGAGGAUCGCAGACCCAGACCAGCCCGUCCUGUGGCUGGAUCAGAUGCCUGCCAGGAGUCUCAGUCGAGGAUUCAACAAUCACAUCAACCUCAUCAGGGGACAGAUUAUCAACAUCAGAUACCUGGCGUACUUUGACAACAUCCUCGACUUCAUCAAAGACAGAAUACUGGUGUAUCAUGGGGCGUACAACCCCAGAGGACUCUUAGAAGUCCGGCAGGCUCUUGAAAAUGUGAAUAAAGUAGAAGAUCUGCUUCCUAUAAUGAAGCAGUUCAAUAGUAAAACCAGAGAUGGCUUCACGGUCAACUCCAAGGUGCCGAGCAUGAAGGAUCUUGGGAAAGAGUACGACGGUUUUACCAUCACCAUCACUGGAGACAGGGUGGGCAACAUGUUGUUCUCAGUAGAGACGCAGACGACAGAGGAGCGGACGCAGCAGUACCAGUCAGAGAUCGAGUCCAUCUACAAAGACCUCACUGCUAAAGGGAAGGCCUUAAUGCUGUCCACUGAACUCGGGGAUGCAGAUGCCGUAUGUAACCUGAUCCUCUCCCUGGUUUAUUACUUCUGCAAUCUCAUGCCCCUCUCCAGAGGAUCCAGUGUGGUGGCGUACUCCGUGGUGAUGGGAGCGCUGAUGGCCAGCGGGAAGGAGGUGGUCGGCAGGAUCCCGAAAGGAAAGCUGGUGGAUUUUGAAGCCAUGACAACACCCAGUCCAGAAAGCUUCAGUAAAACAGCCAAGAACUGGAUGAACCUCAUGAGUUUACCAGUUUGGUACCAGAGUCUUCCUUCUGUAGCAGAGACGUUCCCGUCCAGCAGAACGAUGAUCGAGGUUCUCAACACAGACUCAUCCUCACACUGUCCCAAGAAGUCCUAACAAAACUUCAGGAGUCUGUUCUGUCUCAAUAACGGAGCUGCUGCACUGAGCAGGACAAAGGGCCGUCUUCUUCUGCAUCCCAAACUAAACCCCAAAAGCAUCUGAGCUCUAACGGUCAUUCCCUACAUUUUAAAUGCAUAUUGUUUAUUCCACACAUUUGGGAACCAGGUCUAUUGGGCUUGGCUAAAAACUAAGGUCAUACCAAUUGAAAACGUGUAUUUAAAAAAAGACUUUUCCUCUGAGAAAACAUUGCUUUUUCUUUGGUUUGUGGAAAGCUGAAAUAUAUCUUAUUUGGUAUACAAUGACUUCCUACUCAGUAAUCCUCUCUUAGACACACGUUUUAAGUUGUGAACGUGCAUACUUGAGCGUUCAUCCAGCAGGUGCACACAAUGUUUUCAUUACCUUUGAACAUGUAUUUGCCACGCAGGACUAUAACUACCGUAGUAGCAGCAAAACAACUGCAACAACAGUCCCUGACACACUUUGUUCAGAUGCUCGUCAACAUGUUCACAUGAAACUACACAUUUCGCCUCUUAGCUGUAGUCUAUAUUGUUUUGAGCGUUUUAGAGAAUAUUCACCAUACAGAUGUCUGCCUUCUUUUUUAUAUAAAAAAACCAACAUGGCAUUCUGUCUGUUGAGCUCAAUGAGUCCAAAGAUUAGUUUUAACUCAACAGGAAAGACCUUGUUGGAGGAAGUGUUUUAUUUCUACAGUACACCACCUGCCAGCAGUAUCAUUGCACCGAAGGAAGGAAAUGACGCUCUCCAUGAGGCUGUUGAGUUUCUUUGGCGCUUUGAGCACCACAAGCAGAGUUUUAGUUCCAUUAUGUUAUAGACAAGGCAGACAUCUCUAUGAUCAGUAUCUCAAACGUUUCGCAACGCACCCGAACUACAACCUAUAUAGAACAGGUAAGAGGACAAAUAUAUUUUUUCCACUUGACUUGUCCCCUUUCAUUGGACAUUAUGUCACGUUUAUACAGUUUCAAAUUGAUUCGGAUUUAGUUCAGGUACAAAAACAUAAUGAAAUAUUUUGGUGCUACCUUGUUUCAGUCCCAAUAUUCACACACUCCAGCUGUUUGGGUGAAGGUGAGUUUGGGAUGCAGAAUGGAUUCUGUCCACCCGCGUCUGUUUCUCUGCUUUAUAGGCCUUCACACUGAAACACACACAGUACACACAGUCCUCCAUCUCAGCAGGAACAAGUCAUGGUUAUUAAAUUAAUACAUCUAAGCGUUUUUGGAUUUAAACUUAAAAUUGGAUGUUAAUUUGGCGUCUGACGUGCACAUUUUCUUAACCACUAAGGUACACACACACACACUCCAGGCUAUCAGCAGAGAAAGAGUUUCGGGAUCUACGGAAAGUAAAAUGAUGAUAGAAAAACCUUCAGGGCUAUUGAAUUCCACUCUGGAUACUUGAAGCAGUCUCUCUUUUUUAUUUUGUUUUUUCUCGACACUCGCAGGAAGUGUCGCUUUUGUCUUAUCGGGGGGAUUGAACCCCGCUUUCUUUUAGCGUGACCAAUAAAAGGGUCGGUGGUGAGAGGGGUUGGCUGCUGAACGACUGAGAGCGAGAGUCAGAGGAUUUCAGAGAAUUUUCAGAGGCAUAAAGUCAAUGAUUUGUCGAAGGAAAACCGCUUCAAAAAUAUGUUUUUUCUGCGUUUUACGUCAUGAUAACGUGAAUUAUUUGAGUUUCAGGAAAAAAUAAACUUGAAUUUGAACAAUGUGAAA